AGGAGAGGAGGCCGAGGAAAUCUCACACUCCGGAUUUAAAAUGACAUGGCGAGAGCUUCGCAGUCGGCAGUUCUGGCGUGCCAUGCUGGCAGAGCUGCUCGGCACCCUGGUGUUAGUGAGCGCCGUGCUGGGUGCCUCUCUGCCGGGCCCAGGAGAGGCCCCUGGGGGGCCCCUGUACCCAGCGGUGGCAGUGGGUGUGGCGGUCGUUGCACUGGGACACUGUUUUGGAGAAAUAAGCGGGGCACAGGUCAACCCCGCUGUGACUCUGUCUCUGUUGGCCACGAGGAAGGUGGAUGUGUUGCGGGCGCUGGUUUUAAUGGCGGCUCAGUGUUUGGGAGCCUCUUUAGGGGCGGGGGCGCUCUACCUGGCCCUGCCGGUCAAGACGCUGGCGGACCACUUUGUCAACAAGGUGCCCAUAGAGCUGAACGCAGCUCAGGCUCUGGGCAUCGAGGUUCUGUGCACCUUCCAGAUGGUCUUCACCAUCUUCUCAGUGGACGACCAGCGGCGAAGGGACAGCCCAGAGCCGGGAAACCUGGCCAUCGGAUUAGCACACACUGCUGGAGUGUUAAUAGGGGCCCGGUUUUCUGGAGCGAGUAUGAAUCCUGCUCGAUCUCUGGGUCCUGCAAUCAUCACCGGCUUUUGGGAAAAUCACUGGGUGUACUGGAUCGGACCGGUGCUCGGGGCCGUGCUGGCUGGCGUGUCCCACGAGUUCUUCUUCGCUCGCAGCGCCUCCCGACAGAAGCUGGUGGCCUGCCUGACCUGCAAGGACAUCGAGAUCGUGGAGACGGCCAGCAUGACCGGAUCGUCUCUGUCCACCGUCACGCAGAGCGCCAUGAGGGCCAAACAGGCCAACAAACAGGAGAACAACUGA